AUGAAGUUCAAAAUUGGGAAGUACCAAGAUAAGAUCAUUUGUGAUGUUGUUCCCAUGCAAGCUUAUCACCUUUUACUUGGAAGACCUUGGCAAUAUCAUAGGUCAACCAAGAGUGAUGGAAGAAUCAAUCGGUACAAACUUGUGCAUAAUGGGCUCAAACAUGUGUUAUGUCCUAUGACGCCUUUGCAAGUUGGUGAAGUUUACCACAAAAUAAUAGAGUCGAAAGAGAAGAGCAAUGGUGUACAAGAAUAUAGUGAGGGAAGUAGUCCACAAGAGGGGAGUAAGAAAAAGACGGAGUCGAAAAGAAAAGCUAAGGUGGCCCUCUUGGAAAAUCUAGAGGAGAUUAGGGAGGAGUUGGAGGAGCAACAACCGAUGGUCCUCCUCACACAUAGGUAUUAUGCUUUGCAUACUAACGAGCUAACCUCUUCUUUGCCUAGUUCUAUUUCUUCUCUUUUGCAGGACUGUGAUGAUGUAUUUUCUGCGGAGCUUCCAAAGGGAUUGCCACCCUUAAUGGUAAUUAAGCACUAA